AUGGUGCAAAGCCUUGAACGAGCAACUUUGCUUCUUUGCCAUCUCUCAACAGAGCUCGGAGACGCCGCCUGCGCGGCGACGGGCGGCGGCUUUACCUGCCCCCAGUGCGGCGCAACGUUCUCCUCUCGGAGUCACCUGUCGACGCACCGGAGGUUGACGCACCGGUGGAAAGGAGGCCAGCACCAGUGUCGCUUCUGCCCUUACACCAGCGACAGAACCAACGUGUCCCGGCACGAGCGGGUCCACACGCGGGAGAAGCCGUUCUGGUGCCAGAUAUGCGGCAGUGCCUUCUCGCAGAAGACAAGCCUGGUGGAGCACCAGCGGAGGCACUCUGGCGAGCGGCCGUUCGGGUGCGAAGUGUGUGGGCAGAGGUUCCCGGCUGCAAACCAGCUCAUCAGGCACAUGCGAAAGCACACGGACGGGCGUCCGUACGUCUGCGGUGUGUGCGGGAAGUCUUUCGCGAAGAAGGGCGACCUGGUGGCUCAUGGCUGCAUCCACUAAACUUUGUUCGCUGGAAACUACACGCUUGUAUCGGUCGGCUGUCUCUCGCGAACCGUGAUCGUCUCUCUCAACGUUGCAUUGCACAGAGUGGGGUAAGGCGAUCAAAGGCAGGUGAUCAAUAGACCCCUUGCAAAAAUUCCAAAACCCCGCGCGCGCUGUGCGACGAAUAAUGGGAGUCCUCGGUAUGCCCCUCCUCCGGCUACCACGUGACUAUCUGGCAUAAGCGAGCAGGCGCAGGUUACCACAGCAACAACUUCUGAGCCGCUGAGUCUGGCGUUGGUUUGGCGAGUGACGAGCCAACGGCUGCCCCUUUCUCAUCCCUCUCCCUUGUACCAGCUCUGUCGUCUGCUGCACCAACGCUUUGUUGAACCUGGUCGAAACCUGCCACGGUUGCGAUACAAAAUAAGUGGAUUCGGUGAUACUUCAGUACGUGAAAAUAAGUUACGACGAAUAACAUAUUCAAAUAAGUUCGCCUGUCACGAUGACUUUACGCUGACACAGAUACAGUACGUAGCCAACGACGUAUGACUCGGCAGGUGGGCAGGAUGGCGGAUGACUGCAACGGCUGCUGGCGGUAGCUGCCGGGACGCUGCGCGGAGGCGCAACGAGAAAGCGCGUGAUCUGUACCGAGGGUUCCCAAAAUUCUCUGCCGUCGUGGUGCUGUACGUUUUGCAACAGGUCUAUUGGUUUAGCGAGAAGGAAGCUUACGCCGCCCUGUCAUCUUGGCGGCAAAUGGAGUAUAGCAGUCUUAGUGGGGAAGUCCGCUGUUGCCUGCAUUCCCGAUGAAGACCACUUUUGUCUUGCACCGCUGUUUAUAGAGAUGUUCGAUGGACUGCAACACGAAGUGUAGGCACAGCGCGGCAAAACUUUAUUUUGCUAGAAGAGGAUUGGUGUUUAAGAACAGAAAAGCUCAUCGAUACAACACCACUAAGUUUGAGGCCCUGGGCAAGUGCUAUCUGCUGCGCUACUAUACCCUGUCUCAUGUAAAGAAAGGAGGGACGAGCGCCUCUUGCAAAGCCCUUCACUUUUUCCACUUAGUAGAGCGAACGCCAGACAGGAGAUGAGCCGAGCAGACGUUAAAGCGUUAACCUUUGUUAACAAACUGCGCCCAAGAUGUGAUGAAAAUAAAAUUGACAUCUGCUUAUCCUUUUCCCAGCUUCCUG